CUAACCCUUUGAUUCCUCUUAUUCAUUUUUUAACCUCCCUAUUGUCUCCCUCCUUCCUCCUACCCUUCUCCUCUCACUGUCGUUUACCCCUCUUGUCUCUCCUCACCCUCCCUCCCUCCUCCCCCCUCCCUUCUCCCCUCUCUCCAGGUUGGAGCUCAACUACCACUAUGAAGAAGGGGUGUGUCUUCCUCGCAGCACAAUCUACGAACACUACGUCGACUUCUGUGAGAGACAGAACAUCCAACCCGUCAUCAAUGCCGCAAGCUUUGGAAAGUUGAUCAGGCAGCAGUUCUCUUCCCUCACCACCAGAAGACUGGGCACCAGAGGAAAAUCCAAAUACCACUACUUUGGAUUGGGUAUCAAGCCCACAUCUCUCUACUACAAUGAAGAGUAUUUAAUGAGACAGAAAGAAGGGGUGUCCAGGAAGGAACCUGACUCCAAGAAGGUCCAUCCAGUGUACCCCAAGGAGAACCCGAGUGCUGUUCUCCCACCAUUCCCUGACAUCAACCAACUCAAACUACAGCAGGAGGUCCCCAAAGACAAGUUGACCACAUUCAUGGUGAUGUACCGCACCCACUGUCAGAGGAUCCUGGACAGUGUGUCUCGUGCCAACUUCAAUGAGGUGGAAGAUUUCCUGCUCCACUUCUGGGCAGGCCAUGCCUCAUCACCUCCUCCCGGUCAUGGCCAGUACUGUGGUCGGUGACCUGGUGGCUCUCUGUGAUACUAUCCUCUACUCAGUCAUUUCCUCCGUUCUCAUCAUCUCCCCUGUCCAGAGCUUCCCUGAGAGGCUCCACAAGAUGUCCAUAAAGUUCUGUGGCCAGCGGGACCGUGCGACACUGCACUGGAUGGUCUCCCUGAGACCCUCAGAGCACACCAAACAAAAGACUGCAACGACCUUGUGAAGACUCUCAGAGGCAGAUUGCCAUCAUGGAACUGGCCAAGGCGACCCGGAAGGCCCUCCAGAGAGAGGACCAGCUGUCUCAGCUGUUCAGAGACUGGAAGUCUGGACAUGCACGCAGUCCUGGCCCACGUCCUGUUUGCCAUCAGCCACUGAGUAUCCCUUCCUCCUCCCUGCAUAUAUCAUCCCCGAGUUUGCGGGACAGUUGUGGAGCUCCUGGAGGACAAGACUAGUGUGGAGGACUUUGUAGAGUGGGGCAGUCCAUCCUUCACACCACUGUCAAGCAAUGUAGAGGCACUAAUGAGGGGGACCUCCUCCAAGUGAGCAAGAUGUUUAUCCUCACGUGGAAACUCUUCACCUCCAAGAUCAGCCGGGAGAUCACGCUCCAGAACGCCCCGAGUUUCGGUACGUUUCACCUGAUCCACAUGUUGAUGGAUGACUACCUCCUAUACCUCCUGGAGUCAGAGCUGGAGAAACAACAGCAGAGAAACUUCCAGAGGAAGAUACUUCUCCUCAGAGAUGGUGAAGAGGAGCCACUAUCAGAGGCUCAAGUUCCACCAGUAGUGGGAAACCAACAGCGUCCCUCUCUCCAUCCACCACCACCUGCAGUUGCAGGAGGAGCAGUAAGAGGAGGAGGAGGAGGAGGAGGAGGAGGAGGAGUAAGGGUCCACUCUUCUCCUCUCCCUCACCUUGAUGAGCAACUCAACACCAUCUAUCUCAGUAAUGCUGGCAUUACAGGUCACACUUCGUUCAACCCACUGGCCACGCCUCCACAACAGACAACGCUGGAAUCUCCUCCACGCAGCUCGUCAGCCAGAUCCAUCUCCCCUCUCCACACUGGAGCACAGGAUUCCCUCUCCAGGGGUGGAGUGGGGGGAGGGAGAGGAGGGGAGGGAGGGGGAUGUUUAGGAGGAGGAGGUUCGCGGUCACUGCCUGAGAGUCCACUGCUUGAUCCUGGACACCCUCCUCACCCUCUCACCUCCCAACAGAUUGCCAGUACGCCACCCUCCGCCUCUUCCUCUCCCUCCCUCCCUCUCCCAGCCCCUCCCUCCCACACAUCCUCCCUCCUCCCUCCCUCCAAUCUCCCUCUCGGCACCACCCCCCUCUCUGCAUUCCCCGUCCUCUCCCAACCCCUUCCACCUCCCCCUCUCCCCUCCCUCUCCCUCUCCUCCUCCCUCCCCUCACACCAUCCCACCAGCUCCAACCCCGGAAUGACACACUUUGUACAGGGGCUUCAGGCACUCAAUCAGCACCAAUCAUCUUCAAUUCCCUUCUCUAACCACCUCGCUACGGCCAGCACUCGAUUUGGAACUUCCUUCACGAGUGUCGCAGGCUCACUCCCUAAUCAUGCCCCUUCUCUACCACUCCUACCAACCUUAUACCCCUAUGGUCCAUAUGGGGGGGUGGGUGGCGUUCCGGUCGUCCAGAGUGGUCCCGUUAGUGUUGGAGUGAUGGGGGGUGGUCCGGUCAACUAUGGUAGUGGUCCGCCAGGUGUCCUCCCUGCUGGGCCAUUUCCCUCUCACUCUCUAAUGCCCACCUACUCUUCCUACAUCUCUCCAAACAUGUAUCCAGGCAACCAGAUCAACACCACGCCCCCUUCCAGCUAACUUUUGCAGCACACGAUAAAUCGCCUGCCACGAUAAAAAAAUUAUUCUAUUUUUCACCGUUUUUGCAGGUGCAUUUUUCACAACCGCACAAAUUUUGAAUUCAGUUUGUAAAAUAAUAUUUAUGCCAUCUUGCGGUCAGUGGUGAAAUGCGUCCAAUUCAGAGAAAAUGAUACCACAUAAAGAGAAACACUAAUUUUCAGUUUUGUAUGACACCUUUAACACAACAUGCGUUAGUGAUGUGCAUUAAAAAAAUUAUAUACACUUAUUAUGGUAUGUACACGUAUACAUCAUGACCAGCUUUAUCUUGGGCCCUAUUGUAUAUCACUGAGUGUAGUUCCACAUGCUAUAUUAUAACACACAUCGUAACCCAAAACCCUAUCAUGGGACAUUUUCCAUUUAAACCCCGUUCUUAUAAAAACAUUUUAGCAGUUCCUUCAGAGUUUGUAUUCUAUUGGCAAGCAAAGCAUAC